UCGCUACGAUUUCACUCAGUGUCCAUUCUGUUUUUGCGCUGAGGUGUUUGUAUUGUAGGGUUGUUUCGUGAGUGUUGUAGGUAAUCAUGGCAGAAAAUGCAAGUAAACAAACACCUCGUGAGUUCUUAAUUGAAUUUAUAGAACUUUAUAGAAGUUUUACCUGUUUGUGGCUCGUUAAGAGCAAAGAAUACUCCGACAGGAACAAAAAAGACUUAGCUUAUAUUGAGCUAGUUAAAAAGUUCAAGGAGUUUGAUCCGUCGGCAGAUAGGAACACUGUCGUAAAAAAAAUUAACGCGUUGCGUACGGUUUACAAGAAAGAACUUUCGAAAGUUAAGAGUUCGGAGAAAUCUGGGGCUGGUGCGGAUGAUAUAUACAAACCUAUAACACAACAAGACGAAGAUUCAGAACCUACUGACCAAGACCACUUUCAACGACGAGAGAUAAACACACCGGCUCCUCCGACAUCGGGGGAUGAUGGAUCAAGUGCAUCAACAAGUGUGGCAGCUUCACCAAUGUUAUCACGGCCAAAACGAAAAAAGAACAUGACUCCAGCAGAUGAAGUGAUACACCUCGCGGGAGAGCAGUUAAAAGCUCUUCGUCCUGAUGAUGAAUUCGAAGCCUUCGGAAAGUAUAUAGCGCAUAAGUUACGUUCCCUUAAAGGAAACCAGUCUGUAUUCGCACGAAAACUCAUAAACGAUGUGAUUUUUGAGGGAGAGCUUGAAGCACUCACCAAAGAUUUUAAAGUAAUGGAUAGUCAACCACACCGUUCACUAGGAAAUGACUAUGUACAAUUCCACCCUCCAUCAUACCUUCAACGACCCCACCCUCCACCUUCCAUUUCUCAAAUUCCAAAUCAUCAACUCUCACAACUCUUAACAAACCAAUACAGUCCUGAACAAGCCGACUCCCAACAACCCAUUACUCAGCAACCAGAACCUCAACAACACACUGAUUCAAACUACACGUGA